AAAUAAAAAUUAUUUUCCUCUAUUUUUACAGCAUUUGAAAUCAUGCGGUCGCUUAAAAUAAUUAAUUCCUCAAUUUUAUACAACCGCCUCAUUACCCAGUUAAAAAGUUCACUUCUCGUAAUUUGUGAUGAGAAUUUUACGCAAACAACUAGGCCACAUGCUCUAAAAAAAUUCUCAUCUCUAGUUAGACAUAAUCCAGCUGCCACAGAAUUUUUCUCGAAACGAAGAGAAAAUUCGAUUGCAAUUAACCGCAGUGACAUUUGGUCAGGAAGUCGAAAUUUCACACAAAAUCCAGUGUUUCGACAUGGUAGAUGUGAACAAAAACAGUCGCAGUACAGAAAUUUCUACACCUACUCCCACGAACCUUUCCAUCCUCUCAAGCGGGAGCCGAAGUGGCAGACUGCAGACGAGGCAGUGGCAAUUGUCAAGUCAGGGGACGUUGUGUUCAUCCACGGGGCUGCAGCGACACCCCUAUUGCUGGUGGAUGCUCUCACCCGCCACGGCAUCACCAACAAGCUAGCGGAUGUCACUGUGUGUCACAUCCACACAGAGGGCGAGGCUCCAUACACCAAGCCUGAGUGUGACGGAAUAUUCCGGAGCAGCUCGUUCUUCAUCGGCGCCAACUGCCGUAAGGCCAUCAACGCAGGACGCGCGGACUACACUCCUAUAUUCCUGUCCGACAUCCCGCUGCUCUUCCACCGCAAGAUCAUCAACAUCGACGUCGCUCUCGUACAGGUGUCACCGCCUGACAAACAUGGCUUUUGUUCCCUGGGUACAAGCGUGGAUUGUGCCCGAGCUGCCAUCCAGAAUGCUAAGUACAUCAUUGGCCAGGUCAACCCAUGCAUGCCACGCACGUUUGGCGAUGGCGUGGUCCAUAAAAGUCACUUCGACUGCAUGGUGGAUGGUCUGGCCAGCCUGCCUGAACAUAAACCCAAACAGCGCUCAGACGUGGAGAACACCAUCGGCAAACUAAUUGCAGACAACCUGGUGGUGGACGGUGCAACCCUGCAGACCGGAAUCGGCAACAUACCUGACGCAGUUCUGGCUUCGCUGAUGAACCACAAGGACCUCGGGAUCCACUCUGAGAUGUUCAGCGAUGGUGUGGUGGAUUUGGUGGAGGCGGGAUGUGUCACUAACACAUACAAGGUUACGCACCCCGGCAAGAUAACGGGAAGCUUUCUUGUCGGGACAAGAAAACUAUUUGACUUCGUUGACAAUAAUCCGUUUGUGGUGAUGUGCGACGUGUCGUUCGUGAACAGCGUGCCCGUCAUCGCCCAGAACCCUAAGGUGACCGCCAUCAACUCCUGCAUCGAGAUAGACCUCACCGGGCAGGUCGUGUCGGACUCCAUCGGCACCAAACUAUACUCAGGUGUGGGUGGGCAGGUGGACUUCAUCCGGGGGGCGGCGGUGGGGAGGGACGGGCUGGGGAAGCCCAUCCUGGCCAUGCCCUCCACCACCUCAAGAGGGGAGUCCAAAAUUGUCCCUUUCGUCAAGCAAGGUGGCGGUGUGGUGACAUCACGCGCACACGUUCAUUACGUCAUCACUGAGUACGGCAUCGCUUACCUCUUCGGAAAAAAUCUACGGCAGCGCGCGUACGAACUCAUCGCUAUCGCCCACCCUGACCAUCGGGAGGCGCUAGAGCGCGCUGCCUACGAGCGACUGAGCUGCAUGCCUUCACCCUGAGGAAUUUAGUUGAAAAAUAAUCGUACUUAUGCGAUAAACUUGCGAUGAAUAAUUGUAUUUAUCGGAUAAACUUGCGAUGUAUAACUGUAUUUAUCGGAUAAUCCUGCGAUAAAGAAUCCUAAUUCUUAUCGAUUGAACUUGCGGUAAAUAACUGAAUAUAUCGGUUAAACUUGCGAUAAAUAAUUGUAUUUAUUGGAAAACUUGCGAUAAAUAAUUGUAUUUAUCGGUUAAACUUGCGUUCAAUAAUGGCAAUUGUCGGAUAAACAACCGAUUAAUGACGAUUGCGUGAUGCAGUAAUAGCGUUGGUGAUCAGGUACAUGCGAUAGUGAUCCUGCAAUGGUGAUAGUGAGCCAUGAAAAUAGCGAUAAAAGGUCAUAUUUAUAUAUCUUUUUCAUGGGAAAAGAUGGACAUUCACAACCAUCAUGCAAUUUUUUUUAUUUGUCGGGUGAAUCGUUCAGUUAAAUAAUAACAGAGACGCGCAUUUAAAUGUUAAUUUAUGAUAAGAUAACGAAACUAAUUGAAUUUCUGUCAUUCAUUCAAUUGUGGAUUAUAGAUGAGUCUUUAAUUGGCGAGCUUCUACAACCCUUUAACACUUUAUACACAAGAAUUCUUCUAAUGAAACUUUUCGUGAUCGCGGAAAAUUUCAUCGGAAUCUAUCUAUGAUAUCCAAUCUAUCCAAUGAUAUAAUUCCAUACUAAUCCGUUUCUAUAAAUAUAUUGUAUUUUUAUUCACAUAUUUACUUAAAUAUUGGUAUGGUUGAACAAAUCAUGUUCCUAUCCCUUAAUAGUUUUUUUCAUUAAAAAAGCGAACAAGAAGAUCAUCAAUGAAAAGCAUUCUCUGAUCUUUAAUUAAACAAACACAUUCAUAUCGCAUACAAUUCUCAUCUCCAAUUAUAAAUAACUCGAAAUCGGUCCACUGCCGUGCUGUGAGGAGUUAUAACGUUAUAAGACUUAUAGCAAACUUAGCAUAUUGUAGUUGUUUGUAUUCCCUAUCACAUUUCUCUCGUUCAUUUUCAAACUCGUAGAAUAGAGUUUGAGCGUCAUUGUCUUGUCUAUUUUCUGAUUCAGUGUAUUAUAGUAGUAAAUUUUAGAGCAAAUUUUCGUCUUCUAUAUGGAGAGUGGCAAGAAUCUUGUAGCUUCAUGAACUUGAUUAAUUACCUUGAUUUAUUUAUUAAGCGAAGUGAACUUUUCUGAGGUCAAACAGUCCGAGCGCUGUCAUGACCCCCCGCUAAAAUGUGAUGAAGAAGACGGUGAUUUUAAUUAUAAAUUUAUUGUCAGUCAGCAAUAAACCAACCACAACUCGUCGCAACAAUUGGACGAUGAAGGCGAUGGUUGGAGUGAUUACUCCCAUGUCAUUGAUUAAUCAGCCAAUCACAAAAUACUGAUAAUAAUAUGACGAUGAAGGCCAUCAUUGGAGUUAUAACUUCAACGCCAAUCAUCAAUUAGUCAAGAACAUCUACCUAAAUCAGGAAUUGAUAGCUAAAUGAUAUCUCGCUUAUUGUAAUUUUGAAACGGAAGUUCAUUUAAAGAUCCUUAAAAGAGUUUGCUUGAAACAUUUAAUUAUUAAGACCAAGUGUGCGUCAAAAUGCAACAUUGCCAAAAAUUAAUCUGCCAUGACACAAUCUUUUUAAAGAGGCAGCCUUUAAUCAUAUUGUGAAAUGUUAAAAUGUCCUCCAUAAUAUUACAAGUUAAUUAUUUUUCAUAUGGCCCUUCUUGUCUUGUUGUUUUAUUUAUUGAAAGCUUUGUAUUGUAGACGUAGGUUUUGUGUAAAGCUUUUGCUAGCCUAAACGCACCUGUAAUUUGCACAGUUUACGUGUCACGCACCGUUUACAUGCCACGCACCGUUUACAUGCCACUCACCGUUUACAUGCCACUCACCGUUUACGUGCCACGCACCGUUUACAUGCCACUCACCGUUUACGUGCCACGCACCGUUUACAUGCCACUCACCGUUUACGUGCCACGCACCGUUUACUUGCCACGCACCGUUUACGUGUCACGCACCGUUUACGUGCCACGCACCGUUCAUGCAUCAUUGUUGUUUCAUUUGUUACACUAUAAAUGCAUUCGGCUAACUGCAAUAUAAAACUCUAUGGAUUAUUUGCCAUUCCUUGUAUUUUUGUUGUUUUAUCUUGAUAUUACUGAGACCAAUUGUGAUACUUUGACAUGAUUACUGAAUUUUAGUAAGGGAACCUUAAUGAGAAUUUUCAAUUACGGAACGGCAAGAAUGAUGGAAUAUUGAGAUAGUGAAUUAAUGAAAAAAAUUACGUCAUGAAUUCAUCAUCAUAUGCAUCAUCACACUCAAGGAAAUGAGUGAGAUAUUGUCCAAAUUUUGAUACACUCUUUUACCUCUUGUGGGUCAUCUUGACCUAGUUUGGCUAGGUAAAAAAACGUUUUUAGGGAAAUAAACGUGCUGAGGGAAAUAAAAAACGUGCUGAUGGAAAUAAAUUGUCACUAUUUGGACAAUAUGACUUACAUAUUUUUUUGAGGGCCCUCGACAUUAGUAUGGUCGAGGGCCCCUGAUCCUGAACUCUUUUUUAUAAUCUUUGAUGACAGUUCAAUAAAUCAGUUAUUAUUAAUGCACCGCAAAAAUCGUGGUUUUCUUGUCCAUUAAACAUUUAAGAAAUGCGAAGAAUUUUCCACGAAUAACGGACCAUAAAAAUUUUGGUUCCUCAUAAAAGUUACUUAUUUCUACGUAAAAUGCCUAUGUAUAGAUGAAAUAGAUUAAUUGAUUAAAUUUAUUGAUG